CCUUGAAUCACAACUUUUCCACGUAAAUGACAGAAAUUUACCUUCGAAGUUAAAACUAUUGAAAAAAAAACAGAACAUAUACUGCGCAUUACUGGUGCAUCGACGCUUGUUGUGUCCCACUUGACUACAGCUGCCGCAUCGAUAAACACUUUUUGGCGCGUCAACUUCUAGCGUGGCAUGCUGUGAUUCGAUUCGAUUCUUUUUUGGUCGUCCUUUUCUUCUGAAUGGAUUUUGUGGAAGAUGCUCACUCUUAACUGUUUCACUUUUUGUCACGAAUGGCUUCGCUCCAGGUGCUUCAUCAUAAGCAAGUAGACACGUUUUGGUUAACCAUAUAUCUUCAAAAGGCAAUUCUGUACGUGCCAAUUGAUUUCAAAACUUGAGUGCUGCUAUGAGGUGUCGGGCUCUUCGCUUGCCACCCGCGUCUCUCCCAUAAUGUCUUCUCCCGUCGUCGUUUAUCGAUUGUUGUAGUAAUGAUAAUGUUUGUGCCAACCACAAAAUUUUCUAUGCCUUGUAAACUUUCAUUUGCUCCACAGCACCAUACCUACGUCGGUGAUAACAACACUGGCUCAACACCAUUUUGCCUUAUUCGCCGAACUGCCAUAAUCUUUCACCCCUACCAUCCGAAGACGGGGGGGUCCAUGAGACUCCCAUACGAGCUGUGUUAAGAUGUGCUUUCUGGCUUUAUUGUGAGUUAGAAUGCACUUAGUAUUACCGACUUACGCCAAGACUUUGAUUAGUAUACACACUAUCUCUCCGGUCUAUGUAGUGACUCCCUUAUUCGUAACAAGUGGGUUUGAACCCACGCCAUCUCUCUGUUUGCAUUGCAUCUUAACCACCUCAUUAAGGCUGCCCAAAGAU